CGACUCGCCACGCAGUCUGCAGCGGAAGCUCUGCAAGACAUUGGGUCAAAUGGCACCUCGGCCAUUUCGAGCGGAAUCACAUAUCUCGAUCACGCCUUGAUGGGGAAUCACCUGAAUUCGAACCCGAACCCUUCCAUCGGUGCUGCUGGUUUCGAGCGCGGUAAGAUUGCGGAGAUUUGGGGUCCUACAGGCGCGGGGAAGACGGCGAUUGCUUUUCAAGCUGCCGUGGAGGCCAUUAAGGCGGGAGGGAGAGUCGCUUGGAUUGAUUGUGCCACGCCCCUGAGUGCACCGAAACUGAGAAUUCUCACUCGCAAGGGAUUAUUGCCCACCGACAAAUCCGAAGAACAACCUAUCCUUCGCGAGUCCUUUCAAUACCUCUCCGCCCCAACAUUUUCGCAUUUGCUUGCUCUCAUUCUCCAUCCUCCGCCAUCAUUCCCGCCCCCAACCACGACACUGCUCGUCCUGGACGGACUAGAAGCGCUCCUGAAUGUAGAUUAUCCGCGCAUGCCAUAUGGACCAGGCCAGCGAACCGAGCAGCAAAAGUGGCACGCAGGUCGAAGAUAUGCCAUUUUGGGCACCUUCGUGACCGCCCUAAGCAAACUUGCGCUUCUGCGCCACAUGGCCAUCAUUGUCACGACGGGAUGUGCCUCCAAAAUGCGAGCCGACGAUGGCCUCGCAGCAGCCAUCGGCCCUGGACUCGGCGGAGCCGAAUGGGAAACCGUCAUCUGGUCGCGAAUGGUCGUGUUUCGCGAUUUCGCGGGGAAGAGGUUCGCAGGCGUACAAAAAUGUCUGGGCCGGAAUUUGAUGCCUCUCGAUCCUACAUCGGAUGUUAGAAACGCUAUUGGAUUCGAGAUUACAGAGGAGGACGAAGGGAGCUUUCUACGACCGCAAUAUACCGCAACGGUGGAUUUGACGAGUAGCUCAUCAUCGCCUGUGGUUGUUACGCAGCCGAAGAACACGCAUUCGAGUCCGGUGAAUUCGGCUCGUAAACGGGUUUAUGAGGAAAUUGCAGACUCGGAUGAAGAUGCUGAUGAAUAUGGCUGGGAAGAGGCGGAUGAGAGUGCCAUCAUUGCUGCCAAAGAGCUUGCUCCCACGACGACGACGACGACGGACACGGCAGAAGAGGCGACCAAGUCCACUACUACUGGACCUGAACCGACCUGA